UUCCCUCAUCUCCUUGCUCUACUUCGUCGCGGUGCCACCGCCACCUCCAGCGCUAUAGCUGCUUCCGUGCCCCAACUUCUCUGCUUCUUCUGAGAGACAUGGUGAAGGAGCGGGUGAUCACGGUGGAGUACUUGGAGCCGUCCAUGUCGGUCGAGCUCCUCGGCAAGUUCCCAGACAACGCUGCCUUGGGCUUCGACUACUCCCAGAGCGGCAUUUGGUCUCCCCUGCUCCCCCGCGGUCGCCAUGCCCCUGCUUCCCUCCUCCGCAGUCAGGUCCGCAAGAAACUGUUAUACGGGUCUCCGGUGACCAUCCGGAAAGUGAAGGCAAAGUUUUCUAAGAAGAAGAAGAAGCAGAGUGCUAACGGGAAGAACCUGGACUUCACUCAGAUUCCUUCCCCUAAACUUGUAUGCCCAUUCUGGAAUUCAGUUUGCUGGAAGAGAGUGCUGAGAGCAGCAGCCAAACGUUUCAAAAUUCCUGGGAAAUCGCCAUUGCAGAUGGUGCCGCCUACCUCAUGAAGGAUUUGAGAAAUUUUCAGUACGAUCAUACACGUGAAGAACAAUGAUGACGUGCCCAAACUGCAAUUUGUCUAAUUUAGGUGUGAAAAGGUUGAUCGAUGAUGAUGCUUUUAGGUUCAAUAUAAAGGAAUCAAAUGCUCUGUGUUUUAGAAAAUGGAAGGAGGAAUAAAGUGUGGUGUUACCUGUCGCAAAAGCUGCUUUAGUUUGGAUGAAUUCUAAUCACA